UGGGUGACAUUACAUUAAUUACAAAAAGUUGGAUAAAUUUCAUGUUGUGUUAUCAGAAAAAAUUUAUAAAGAUGACAAGAUAUAAAAUCUGGAAAAACAGUAAUGUAUCCCGAUAUAAAUUGAAGAAAGAUUGGGCGUCACGCUACUAACAAUGGGUUUGAAUGCGUACCACGAGUUUGUAAAUUUGUCAUUCGCUGAUAAAUCAUCGUUGUCCAAAGUCUCAACAGACGUUUCAGCGUCUGUCAAAACUGUAGCAGCUAAAUAUGCUUUUGAUAUCAUUAAACAAAUUCGGGAUGCUGUUACUCUCGAUGUACAAACAAGAUAUCCAGAGAUGCCCAGGGAAGCAAGAGUAUCUGUGAAUGACGCUGUGGAAGUGGUCAAAGAAUUUGUUAUGUCAGGAAAUUUUAAAGACAAUAACUUUCCGAUUAAAAGCUCAGAGAUAUGGAUUCAGAUGAGUCUCCGGUUCGAUAAUAAAUGGAGUGCACGAGAUGUAUAUCGAGAAGUAAGAGAAGACAGAAGACAAAUUCUCACAAAAGCUCGCGAAAAAGUUGGCGUUCCUGUAAUUGAUACUAAUUCAAGUAGCAUGUUGUUUGAAGAAGAUAUUUCAUCUGAUAUGGAGAGUGAAAAUUUGUCUGAUUCCGGUGACAGUGAAUGGGAAGCUCCAGGAUUGGAAACGAUUUUGCUUCCUAUUUCUGAAGAACUUUUCAAAAUUUUACAUGAGCAAGAACCUGUGUGUUACAAAAAAAGGAAGUACACAAUAUUAGAGCGUUUCAAAUGGACAAGUAUAUUGGCCGAUAAAAUUUAUUUGCUUACUUACAUGCCUUGCUCUUUUGCAUUUAAAAAUUGUAAAAUUUAUCCUGAUGAAGGGAGUGUUCAUUAUUUGACUAUACGAGGGAAAUGCCAAAGUAAAAUAUGCGGUAAUCAAAUUUUUUGUUUUUUGGAUAAAAAGCCUUCGAAUUUUCCUUGUCAUCUCCGAAUUAGAACGAAGGAUACGUUUGCCCAGCCCCAUGAAGAUAUACGUAGACCAACUCGUAAAUUUGAACGGCUCAAAAUUGGGGAGCAAGCACUUAAUGAAGGAGUUGGGAACUACACAAAACGUCAAGCUGCUCUACAUGCGCAAACCAAUAAACGUCUACCCCCUAUUCUUCCAAAACAAAACAUUGUUCGACAGUGUAAAAAUGAAUUCAUCCAUUACAAACUAGGUGUAAAGCCAGAAGAUGGACGCGAUGUCGUGAAUACGAUUGAAAAAAUGCGAUAUGAUCCAUCAUAUCCUGAAUUUAUUCAAGACGUUAAGAGAGAUAAGUUUUAUGUCAUAUAUAGCACACGGAAUCAAUUAGUAUCGUAUAAACGUUAUUGUAGAUUGAAUAAAAUAUCUCGAGUAGCUAUUGAUGGUACUGGUAGUAUCAUACAACCAAUAACUUACCUUAAUGGAGAAAAAUCUAGUCACAUAUUUUUAUACGCCAUCGUUAUUAAUUUUAAUAAAAAAAGUCACUCUGUUCAUCAAUUAUUGACAGAAUGUCAAAGUACACAAACAUUAAUCUGGUGGCUAAAAUCUUGGCUUUAUAUGGGAGCACAUAAGCCAACAGAAGCCAGCUGUGAUAGCUCUAGAGCGUUGAUUAACGCGCUCUCAUUCGCAUUUAAUGAUCAAUCAAUAAAAACAUAUAUUGAUACUUUGUAUCUACGAGCUAUUGGUGACACUUCUCACGUUUCUAGACCAUCAAUUUCUACCUUUAUUCGUCUUGAUGUUGCACAUUUUGUACACAUGAUAAGUGAAUGGAAAUGUUUAAAAAAUCAAAAAAAUUCACUAGUUAAAAAAUUUUAUCUAUACGGUGUAGCUCUC